AUGAGCGACCCGGUGAUGGCGGCGGAUGGGCAUGCUUACGAGCGGACGGCGAUCGAGCGCUGGCUCGCGAGCAAGUCGACCAGCCCGAUGACGGGCGGCGAGCUCGAGCACAGCAUUCUGGUCCCGAACCACAUGCUGCGCCGGAUGAUCCGGGACUGGCAGGGGGCGCAAAAGGCAGCGACUUCACUCUUCAGCUCUGAGUCUCACCGCGACACGCGACACACCGUGUCUCGCACGCCAAUCGCACUGAAGCGAAAAUUGAUCGACGGCGACACCGGGAGCUCCGCACUGGGCUCGGCGGAAGCCUCCGACGAUGUCCGGUGUCGCCAGACGGCGGAGAAAGGCGACGGCAGCGCCGGCGGCGAUGGCCACUAUGUAUCGUCGAGCUGCUGCGGCCCGAGGCGCCGCCGCGCCGAGAGUGCAAUCGACGAGCUCCGCGCGGCGGGCGUGCCGGUCGUCGCGGUUGAGACAGUCGCCGGCGCACCGUACGCGCACGAGUUCGCCUUCCCGCCGCCGCCGGCCGGGCACGGCCUCGCGCCAGAGCUGCUCGCGCGUUGCGACGCGGUUGUGCGGCUGCCAUGCCGAGGCCCCACGGACUCGCUCCACGGGCAACCUCGCGCCAAUCUCCUCUCACCUUGGACGAUCUCGGGUCGAUUAGGCCGCAAGAACUCGCUCAACGUGGCGGUGGCGCUCGGCAUGUGCGCGCACGAGGCGGCGCGGCAGUGGGCGGUGGGUGGUAAGGAGGCUGCAGGAGACGCCGUCGGGAAGUGA